CCCCCUCCCCCCUUAGCUCCCCCCUAAACCACCAUGUCCGCCCCCGUCGACCUCAAGAAGCCGCAGGAGCCGCAGACGGAGACGCAGGCCCAGAAGGGCCUCUCCGACGACGCCCUCACAAAGUACACCUCGGCAGGCCAGGCCCUCGCCGACGUCCUCAAGAAGCUCGUCCCCCAGAUCGCCCCCGGGAAAAAGGUCCUCGACCUCUGUAUCGAGGGCGACAAACUCGUCGCCGACGCCGUGGCGCCGCUGUGGAACAAGCCCAAGAACGGCGUCAAGGUCGGCAAGGGCUCCGCCUUCCCCACCUCCGUCUCCGUCAACAAUGUCGUCUCCCACGUCUCCCCCCUCCCCUCCGACCCCGAGAUCGAGCUCAAGGACGGCGACGUCGUCAAGAUCAUGCUCGGCAUCCACCUCGACGGCUACCCCGUCACCCACGCCGAGACCAUCCACCUCUCCGCCAAGACCGACGGGCUCGCCGCCGACGUCAUCAGGGCCGCCUACGAUGCCGCCCAGCUCGCUAUGCGCACCCUGAAAGCCGGCGCCAAGAACUGGGACGUCACCGACGUCGUCGACAGGGCCACCAAGUCUUAUGACUGUGUCCCCGUGGAGGGCAUGCUCUCCUGCCAGCACGAGAAGAAUGUGACGGACGGUAAGAAGCGGGUGCUGCUCAACCCGUCCCCAGAGCUCAGGAGGGACCACGAGACUGCUACCUUUGAGGAGGGCGAGGUUUACGGUGUCGACGUCUUGGUCGUCACCGGUACCAACGGCAAGGCCAAGGCGGACCCGUCCCGAACAUCCAUCUACAAGCGAGGCGACACCAACUACCAGCUCAAGAUGAAGACUUCCCGAGCCGUCUUUUCCGAGAUUCAAAAAAAGGCCGGCGCCUUUCCUUUUACCCUCCGAGCGCUUGAUGACGAGAAGAGGGCAAGGAUGGGUGUCCAGGAGGCUGUUUCUCAUGGCCUUUUGAAACCAUAUGACAUUGUCCAGACUGCGCCCGGUACCCUCGUCGCCGAGUUCUUCUUCACCAUCGCCCUCCUUCCCGGUGGUCCUCUUCUCUUGUCCCCCACCCCCGCCUGGUACUCUCCUGACAAGGUUUCCUCUUCCAAAUCCUUGCAAGAUGAAGAGCUCAAGAACCUCAUUGCCCAGCCCCUGCGUGCGCCCAAGAAGAAGAAGAAGGCUGCCAAGGAGGCCGAGGCGUAAGCGUGGUUGCCGUUUUGUGGGUAAUGGAAAUGGAAAACGAGGAUGAACGGAUGAACGGGAUCUCGUAGAGAUUUUCAAGAGGAAAAAAAGAAUGGAGAACGCACUUGUUUUUUCCGUCGAAAGCGGAUCAUCGAAAGCGGAAGACUGGGUAGAAUUGCCACAAAUGACCACCGAAUUUCAAUACGUUAAAAUGCAUGGAAAAUGUGUAAAUAAAAUAAAUCAAUACGUUAA